AUGUCUGGUCGUGGUAAGGAUGGUAAAGGCUUGGGGAAGGGAGGUGCCAAGCACCACUGUAAAGUGCUUCGGGAUAACAUCCAAGGUAUUAGCAAGCCAGCUAUUAGUCACUUGGCUCAACACGGGGGGGUGAAGCAUAUUUUGGGGUUGAUCUACGAAGAGACCUGUGGAGUGCUGAAGGUGUUCUUAGAGAACAUGAUCUGCGAUGCUGUCACUUACACUGAACGUGCCAAGCGAAAGACUGUAACCGCUAUGGAUGUGGUUUAUGCUCUGAAGUGCCAGGGUCGUACUCUCUAA